AUGUCUGCUUUUCUGCCUUUCUUUUUGCUUGGCAGCUCUGUGGUGCCGCCGUUCACUUCCUUUGGCAAGCGUACCAUUGGAUGUGUAACAGUCUCAGGCAACAUAUGCGCUUUCAGCCUGUUCUAUGGUGCCAUAGAGACUGCGAAGCAGCCGCAUGGUGCUGUCAAGAGCCUUUCACCAAAGCUAUACCAAUUCAAACGUUAUAUUGGUCAGGUUGACGAGGGAAUGCAGAUGACUGCUCUUGGCUGGGGUGCAAUCAUCUCGAAACACGAUCACAAUUCUGCAUCCAGCUCACUCGAUGUUAUCAGCAUUACCAUGGGUAAGCCUGAAGGAUACCAGAAAUUCGACGCUGGCAGUGUAUGUGUGCUGGGAAAGGACAAUGUGGGCUAUGCCUGUCAAGGUGACUGCGGCACGGGGACAAAGGUUACACUCAACAGAAAGCGCUUGCUUGCAGGACUGGUCGGCCGCGGUGGUCGCUCACCAGAAGAUAGCCCUUGCGGAACAGCUGAAGGGUCUGCCAUCUACUUACACGUGGAGUACUACAUGGAUUUUGUCCAGAAAGAAACCAGAUUGAAGCUGAGCGACUUGGCGGGUGUUGGGGUGUAG